CACUGACUCACCACCAACACUAUUCCAUCAACAUGAAGCCAUUGUCACACCAUAGCAGCAGUGACACAGACAACCAUUAACAACAGAACAUUGGUACCAAGUCACAGUUUGUACAACAAAGGAUUUUACACACAAUGAAGACCGAACAUUUGAAGCUGUCUUUCCCUUGGAUACUGUAUUAACAACAAAACCAGAGAUGUUGCGACUUCUGUGUGUUUUACUGACUUUCUUCCAUUGUUCCUUAAGUGAAGAUAUCACAUACCAUGUUGAAGAAGAGAAUAUUCCUCAUACCUAUGUAGGGGACAUUGCUACUGACUUACAGAAAGCAGACAGCUCCUUCUUAAAGAAUAAGGAUUUAAUUACAUUUAGUCAACUCCAACAAAAGGGAGAACAGUUGUUCAAUGUGACGAGAACAGGUAAACUGUACACUGUUGAGACAUUGGAUGCUGAGUCUGUGUGUAGUUAUGAGAAAGAAUGUUUUGAAAUCGUUAAAGUUGCUGUUCACAAAUCCAAGACAUUUAUGAAGAUCUUAAAGAUUAAGGUCAUAAUAGAAGACAUCAAUGACCACCAACCUGAGUUUCCAACUGAAGAGGUCAGCAUUCAGUUUUCUGAAACUGAUGGUAAAGGCACGAAAAGAUCAAUACCCAAUGCUGUUGAUAAUGAUAUGGGUCAUAAGAACAGCUUGGUAACAUAUGAAUUAAAAAAGGAUAAUGGACAUUUCUCUUUAUUAGUUGCCAAACAAGCUGAUGGCAUAUCAUCAUUAGAAAUUAUUUUAGAAGAGAAAUUAGACAGAGAAACAAAAGACAGUUACAAUAUUGAAGUCAUUGCUAAAGAUGGGGGAACUCCACCAAAACAAUCUAUUUUAAAAGUGAAAAUAUCUGUAAAAGACGAAAAUGAUAACAGACCACAGUUUUCUCAAAGUAUCUACAAUGUUUCUAUAGAACAUAAACAUAAAAAGAACAUUCCAGUAGUCACAUUAUCUGCCAGUGAUUUAGAUAUUGGCAGGAAUGGUAAAAUAUCUUAUUAUUUCAGUAGAAAGACUGCAGAAAAAAUGAAGAGAUACUUUCAUUUAGAUAAAAGUACUGGAAAAAUUUUCUUAGUACAAUCUUUAGAGGUUGACACAAAAAAUUCUUUAAAAUUAUACAUUGAAGCCAGAGAUGGAGGUAUUCCUCCUCUCAGUACCAUAGCAACUGUUAAGGUAAAUGUCAUCAACCAGCAGAACAAUCCUCCAAAUAUUGAUGUGAACUUUAUUUCCACACAGAAUCACAACACAGCUACCAUUCUGGAAGACAUCAAAGUUGGUAGUUUCAUUGCUUAUGUGAUGGUCACUGACAAUGAUGUUGGACACAAUGGAGAGGUGAACUGUCAUAUCAAAGACGACACAUUCAAACUACAGUCAAUGGGAUCGAAGGAAUAUAAAAUAGUUCUAAAGAAAGCAGUAGACAGAGAGACACAGGAACAUUAUCACUUUACUGUGUCGUGUGAAGAUAAAGGAUUACCUGCUCUGAAAACUGAUAAAGAUCUGUCAAUCCAAGUGUUGGAUGUGAAUGAUGUAGAACCACACUUUACGAAAGACACAUUCAAGUUCCUUACCUAUGAGAAUGACAAAGCUAAUUUCCCUAUUGGCUUUAUCAAUGCUACAGACCCAGAUAUUGGUAAGGGAGGUGAAUUGUCUUAUUCUCUGAGAAAUAAACAGCAAUAUCGUCUGCCAUUCCAGAUUAUCAACUCUGGCUUUAUUUCAACAAACCAGUCUUUAGACAGAGAACACAGAGAUUUCUAUGAGUUUGAGGUUUUUGUGAAAGACAAUGGAAGCCCAUCUCUGAAUAACACAGUGAAUGUUGAAGUGGAAGUAUUGGAUAGAAAUGAUAAUGCUCCAUAUUUUACAUUUCCUAGUGUUGACCCUUUCACUCUUAAUGUCCACUAUCAUCCGCAAAGUAAGAACGACAUCACAGUUCUGAAAGCAUCUGAUAUAGACAGUCACAUGAAUGCUUUUCUCAGGUAUGAAAUCGUUUCAGGUAACGAGAGACAGUUAUUUAAACUGGACUCUUUCACUGGUGUGUUAUCUUACUCACGCACAGUUUACCAAAAUGAUGCCGGAUCAUAUGAGCUUGAGUUUGUUGUGAAAGACAGUGGUACUCCAGUUCUGUCGGCAACAACUAGUGUGUCUUUGACACUGACUGUUAGUAACAAGACGUCACCAAUGUUCACAGCUGUGCACCUACCAAGUGAUAACACAAUAGAUGCGACAUUGUUGAUUAUCAUUGUAGUAGCAGCUGUGAUAGUAUCUAUAGCUAUUGUGGUUUCUAUAACCCUGUGUAUUGUGAGAUGUAACAAUGUGAGAAAUAGCUCAUCCGAAAGAACAGCAGAAGAGAAACAGGCAUACCAAUGUCGCAAUGAGAUGAGACAGUUGAUCUAUCAAGGUAACAACAGUGUACCUGUGAUGUCAGGUAAUCGAGGAGAGAUGUCAGAGAGAUAUGGUCAUUCGAGGAGCCAUUACUAUCCUGAAGACUGGAAGACAUCCACAAUGAGUCGGACACUUCAGAAGUCUAUCAGGCAGAAAUAUAGCCAACCGAUUGAGGUGACAUCUUAUGGAGACAACAGACCAUCCUCUAACUAUCCCACUGACACACUGACCAGUCGUAAGAGCAGUGGACAGUGCUGGAGUGAGCGGUCAAGUAGACAGUAUGAAGAAAUACCAGCAAUGUCAGCUAUCUAUGGUAUGCAACAGGACCCCACAGCCAACACUGAGAAACUGCCCCAGGACAGAUAUGUGAAACCUCCAGAAAGACAACUCCCUGCUACACCUGAUGUUAUAAACAACAAGUCCUUCUUCAUCCAAAUGGCAGAUAUGUUUGUAGCAAUUUGCAUACUUCUCUCUUGUAUGCAUUGUAGUCUGUGUAAAGACAUUACCUUUCAUGUAAAGGAGGAGAAUGUUCCUUACUAUUUCAUAGGUGACAUUGCUACUGAAACUCUUGUCACCAAAACUCUUUUAACUGACGAUGCCAGUCUCUUCACAUUUAAUCAACUUAAACAGAAAGGAACUCAACUGUUUAAUGUAACAAAAGAAGGAAAAUUGUACACAGCUCAAACUUUGGAUGCCGAAGUUUUGUGUCGAUAUAACACUGAAUGUUACAGAACUGUGAAAGUUGCUAUCCAUAAACAUAAAACAUUUAUGAAGAUCUUAAAGAUUAAAGUCAUAAUAGAAGACACCAAUGACCACCAACCUGAGUUUCCUCAGAAAGAAAUCACUCUACAUUUUAGGGAAGCAGAUGGUAAAGGUAUGAAGAAGGCUAUACCUAAUGCUGUUGAUAAAGAUGUUGGAUAUCAGAACAGGCUGAUUAAUUAUAAAUUGAGAAAUAAUUCUGUGAAAUUUGUGCUGUCUGUUUCUAAAAGAGUGGAUGGAAUAUCCAGAUUGGAAAUUGUUUUGAAUGAAAAAUUAGACAGAGAGCAAAAAGAUAUCUAUCAUGUUCAGGUAUCAGCUACAGAUGGGGGAUCCCCACCUAAAGAAUGUGUCUUAAAGAUAACAAUAAUAGUAGAAGAUGAGAAUGAUAAUUUACCUCUUUUCUCAAAUGACCUCUACAAUAUUUCUAUUCAGAAUACUUAUCAAAUAUACAAACCGAUAUUAACUCCUUCUGCAAAUGAUAAGGAUAGUGGUAAAAAUGGGAUGAUUUCUUAUUAUUUUAGUCCAAUGACUUCUGAUAUUGACAAAACAUACUUUGGCCUGAAUAAAACAACUGGAGAUAUAUUUCUAAUUGAUGAAAUUGAUAUUGAUGAAGAGAGGAUUAUGUAUACACUUUAUAUAGAAGCCAGGGAUGGAGGUAAUCCACCCCUGAGUUCCAUAGCAGCUGUCCAUGUAAAUGUUAUCAACGAACACAACAAACCCCCAAAUAUUGAUGUGAACUUUAUUUCUACACAGAAUCACAACACAGCUACCAUUCUGGAAGACAUCAAAGUUGGUAGUUUCAUUGCUUAUGUGAUGGUCACGGACAAUGAUGUUGGACACAAUGGAGAGGUGAACUGUCAUAUCAAAGACGACACAUUCAAACUACAGUCAAUGGGAUCGAAGGAAUAUAAAAUAGUUCUAAAGAAAGCAGUAGACAGAGAGACACAGGAACAUUAUCACUUUACUGUGUCGUGUGAAGAUAAAGGAUUACCUGCUCUGAAAACUGAUAAAGAUCUGUCAAUCCAAGUGUUGGAUGUGAAUGAUGUAGAACCACACUUUACGAAAGACACAUUCAAGUUCCUUACCUAUGAGAAUGACAAAGCUAAUUUCCCUAUUGGCUUUAUCAAUGCUACAGACCCAGAUAUUGGUAAGGGAGGUGAAUUGUCUUAUUCUCUGAGAAAUAAACAGCAAUAUCGUCUGCCAUUCCAGAUUAUCAACUCUGGCUUUAUUUCAACAAACCAGUCUUUAGACAGAGAACACAGAGAUUUCUAUGAGUUUGAGGUUUUUGUGAAAGACAAUGGAAGCCCAUCUCUGAAUAACACAGUGAAUGUUGAAGUGGAAGUAUUGGAUAGAAAUGAUAAUGCUCCAUAUUUUACAUUUCCUAGUGUUGACCAUUUCACUCUUAAUGUCCACUAUCAUCCGCAAAGUAAGAACGACAUCACAGUUCUGAAAGCAUCUGAUAUAGACAGUCACAUGAAUGCUUUUCUCAGGUAUGAAAUCGUUUCAGGUAACGAGAGACAGUUAUUUAAACUGGAUUCGUUCACUGGUGUGUUAUCUUACUCUCGCACAGUUUACCAAAAUGAUGCCGGAUCAUAUGAGCUUGAGUUUGUUGUGAAAGACAGUGGUACUCCAGUUCUGUCAGCAACAACUAGUGUGUCUUUGGCACUGACUGUUAGUAACAAGACGUCACCAAUGUUCACAGCUGUGCACCUACCAAGUGAUAACACCAUAGAUGCGACAUUGUUGAUUAUCAUUGUAGUAGCAGCUGUGAUAGUAUCUAUAGCUAUUGUGGUUUCUAUAACCCUGUGUAUUGUGAGAUGUAACAAUGUGAGAAAUAGCUCAUCUGAAAGAACAGCAGAAGAGAAACAGGCAUACCAAUGUCGCAAUGAGAUGAGACAGUUGAUCUAUCAAGGUAACAACAGUGUACCUGUGAUGUCAGGCAAUCGAGGAGAGAUGUCAGACAGAUACGGUCAUUCGAGGAGCCAUUAUUAUCCUGAAGACUGGAAGACAUCAACAAUGAGUCGGACACUUCAGAAGUCUACAAAGCAGAAAUACAGUCAACCCAUUGAGGUGACAUCUUAUGGAGACAACAGACCGUCUUCUAACUAUCCCACCGACACAUUGACCAGUCGUAAGAGCAGUGGACAGUGCUGGAGUGAGCGGUCAAGUAGACAGUAUGAAGAAAUACCAGCAAUGUCAGGACAUUACACUAUCCAAUCAGAUAUGUCAGCCAAUAAUGAAAGACAACUAUACCAAGAGAGAUAUGUAAAAAACCCUGAGAGACAGUUGCCUUCACCACCAGAUGUUGUAAAUCAGUGUGCUGCCCUUUACACUAACUUGAGACUAAAAAUGCUAACUUAUUUAUCUAUCAUCUUGGCUUUCUUCCACUGUUGCUACAAUGAACUUAUCUAUGUAGUGGAGGAAGAAAAUACUGCUAACUCUUAUAUUGGAGAUAUUGCUGAAGAUUCUGGUCUCUGGGACAGUUUAAAACACCAUGAAAGACACUUACUCACAUUCAUCCAGCUACAGCAGAAUGGAAGACAUCUAUUUAAUAUCACUAAACCAGGGAAAAUGUUCACUGUUCAUCCAUUGGAUGCUGAGACUCUCUGUAUUCUUGAAAAACAGUGCAUUCAUACAAUCAACGUUGCAGCUCACAAAGGAAAAGAGUUUAUAAAAAUUCUAAAGAUCAAAAUCAUUAUUGAAGACAUCAAUGACCACUGGCCUACAUUCCCUGUCGAUCAUAUCAUCUUACAGUUUUCUGAAAUGGAUGGCCAAGGCAGGAGAAGAUCAAUCCCAGACGCCACAGACAAGGAUGUUGGCAGUCAAAAUCGAUUAAUUAUGUACAAAUUAAAGAAAAAACGAAAUUAUCCUUUUACUCUACAAGAUUUUAAAAGAGCAGAUGGAACUUCUCACCUAGAUAUCGUCUUGGAAGGUAAACUGGACAGAGAAAUUAAAGCUGUUUACAAUUUUGAAGUUAUUGCUGAAGAUGGUGGGAAUCCUCCAAAACAAACAAUUCUAAAUGUUGAAAUAAAUAUCUCAGAUGUUAAUGAUAAUUCACCAGUUUUUUCUCAGAGAAUUUACAGAAUUAAUAUCAAUGACACACAUCCAAAACAUAAGGCAAUUGUUACAUUAUCUGCUUACGACUUUGAUAUUGGUAACAAUGGUGAAAUAUCUUACUAUUUUAGUCCUAUAACAUCUGAAACAUUGACUAAAUAUUUUACAUUAAAUAGAAAAAAUGGAGAAAUUUUAUUGUCUACAAAUUUAAAUUUAGGUAAAUUGGAUACAUCGAAAAUAUUCAUAGAAGCCAGAGAUAGGGGCAACCCUCCUCUCAGUUCCAUAGCAACUGUUAUGGUAAGUGUCAUCAACCAACACAACAAUCCUCCAAAUAUUGAUGUGAACUUUAUUUUUACACGGAAUCACAACACAGCUACCAUUCUGGAAGACUUCAAAGUUGGUAGUUUCAUUGCUUAUGUGAUGGUCACUGACAACGAUGUUGGACACAAUGGACAGGUGAACUGUCAUAUCAAAGACGACACAUUCAAACUACAGUCAAUGGGAUCGAAGGAAUAUAAAAUAGUUCUAAAGAAAGCAGUAGACAGAGAGACACAGGAACAUUAUCACUUCACUGUGUCGUGUGAAGAUAAAGGAUUACCUGCUCUGAAAACUGAUAAAGAUCUGUCAAUCCAAGUGUUGGAUGUGAAUGAUGUAGAGCCACACUUUACGAAAGACACAUUCAAGUUCCUUACCUAUGAGAAUGACAAAGCUAAUUUCUCUAUUGGCUUUAUCAAUGCUACAGACCCAGAUAUUGGUAAGGGAGGUGAAUUGUCUUAUUCUCUGAGAAAUAAACAGCAAUAUCGUCUGCCAUUCCAGAUUAUCAACUCUGGCUUUAUUUCAACAAACCAGUCUUUAGACAGAGAACACAGAGAUUUCUAUGAGUUUGAGGUUUUUGUGAAAGACAAUGGAAGCCCAUCUCUGAAUAACACAGUGAAUGUUGAAGUGGAAGUAUUGGAUAGAAAUGAUAAUGCUCCAUAUUUUACAUUUCCUAGUGUUGACCCUUUCACUCUUAAUGUCCACUAUCAUCCGCAAAGUAAGAACGACAUCACAGUUCUGAAAGCAUCUGAUAUAGACAGUCACAUGAAUGCUUUUCUCAGGUAUGAAAUCGUUUCAGGUAACGAGAGACAGUUAUUUAAACUGGACUCGUUCAUUGGUGUGUUAUCUUACUCUCGCACAGUUUACCAAAAUGAUGCCGGAUCAUAUGAGCUUGAGUUUGUUGUGAAAGACAGUGGUACUCCAGUUCUGUCAGCAACAACUAGUGUGUCUUUGACACUGACUGUUAGUAACAAGACGUCACCAAUGUUCACAGCUGUGCACCUACCAAGCGAUAACACAAUAGAUGCGACAUUGUUGAUUAUCAUUGUAGUAGCAGCUGUGAUAGUAUCUAUAGCUAUUGUGGUUUCUAUAACCCUGUGUAUUGUGAGAUGUAACAAUGUGAGAAAUAGCUCAUCUGAAAGAACAGCAGAAGAGAAACAGGCAUACCAAUGUCGCAAUGAGAUGAGACAGUUGAUCUAUCAAGGUAACAACAGUGUACCUGUGAUGUCAGGUAAUCGAGGAGAGAUGUCAGACAGAUUUGGUCAUUCGAGGAGCCAUUACUAUCCCGAAGACUGGAAGACAUCGACAAUGAACAGAAGCUUACCAAUAAACUUUAAGCAAAACUAUAGUCAGCCAGUAGCAGUGACAUCAUUUGAAUACCCCCCUGGCAUGUCGAGCAAUCAUAAAGAUAGUGAACAGUGCUGGAGUGAAGGGUCAAGUACACACUAUGAAGAAAUACCAGCAGUAUCAUCAGGGCUUUGUGGUAUACAGGCCAACACAUCGACAUGUAGUGAGGAGCUGCAAGAGAACCAAGAGAGGUAUGUAACACCAUCAGAAAAACAAUUGCCAUCAACACCAGAUGUUAUAAUACUUAAAUCUGCUGUUUGGUUUUUGUCAAUGCUUUCACUGACAAAAGAAAAUAUGUUGAGCUUUUCAGUUUUGCUAACUUUCUUCUUCCCCUGCUGUCUCAGUUUUAAUUUAAUCUACAAGGUAAAGGAAGAGACAAACACACAUACAUUUGUUGGAGACAUUACAGCUGAUCCACAGUUUCAAGACGUAGUGCCAUCUGGAGAUAUUGGUCAUAUUACGUUUAAUCAACUGAAACUUAAAGGAACACAGAUAUUUAAUGUUUCUGAAAGUGGGAAAAUCUACACAAUACAAACACUGGAUGCUGAAGCCCUCUGUACUUUUGAAAAGGAAUGUUUCCAGGAAGUUAAAGUUGCUGUUCACAAAGGAAAAAACUUCUUGAAAAUCUUGAAAAUUAAAGUAGUUAUAGAAGACAUCAAUGACCACCAACCUGAGUUUCCAGAGAAAGAAAUUACUAUACGUUUCAGAGAAGGUGAUGGUAAAGGAAUGAAAAAGUCCAUUCCAAAUGCCAUUGACAAAGAUGUUGGAGUUUUAAAUAGUGUAAUUAAUUAUCAUUUAAAGGACAACAAGGAAAUGUUUUCAUUGUUAGUUUCUAAAAGAGCUGAUGGAAUAUCUCGACUAGAGAUUGUUCUAGAAAGUAAAUUAAAUAGAGAAGUGAAAGAUCACUAUAGUCUGGAAGUCAUUGCUAAGGAUGGAGGAAGUCCAUCCAAAGAAAGUAUUUUAAAGGUAAACAUAGAAGUUCAAGAUGAAAAUGAUAAUUUACCUGUAUUUCAACAAAAACUAUACAACAUUUCUGUAAAGAAAACACAAGACAAAAACAAAGCUGUUGUUAUUGUAUCAGCUGAAGAUCUGGAUAUCGGUAAAAAUGGAGAGAUUUCUUAUUAUUUUAGUCCAAAGACACUCGAGAAAAACAAACAAUAUUUCAAGUUAGAUAAAAUCACAGGAGAAAUAUUGUUCUCAAAAAAUACAAACUUUAAUGAAGAAACAUUUAAAUUAUAUAUUGAAGCCAGAGAUGGGGGCAACCCACCUCUCAGUUCCAUAGCAACUGUUAUGGUAAAUGUCAUCAACCAGCAGAACAAUCCCCCAAAUAUUGAUGUGAACUUUAUUUCUACACAGAAUCACAACACAGCUACCAUUCUGGAAGACAUCAAAGUUGGUAGUUUCAUUGCUUAUGUGAUGGUCACUGACAACGAUGUUGGACACAAUGGAGAGGUGAACUGUCAUAUCAAAGAUGACACAUUCAAACUACAGUCAAUGGGAUCGAAGGAAUAUAAAAUAGUUCUAAAGAAAGCAGUAGACAGAGAGACACGGGAACAUUAUCACUUUACUGUGUCGUGUGAAGAUAAAGGAUUACCUGCUCUGAAAACGGAUAAAGAUCUGUCAAUCCAAGUGUUGGAUGUGAAUGAUGUAGAGCCACACUUUACGAAAGACACAUUCAAGUUCCUUACCUAUGAGAAUGACAAAGCUAAUUUCCCUAUUGGCUUUAUCAAUGCUACAGACCCAGAUAUUGGUAAGGGAGGUGAAUUGUCUUAUUCUCUGAGAAAUAAACAGCAAUAUCGUCUGCCAUUCCAGAUUAUCAACUCUGGCUUUAUUUCAACAAACCAGUCUUUAGACAGAGAACACAGAGAUUUCUAUGAGUUUGAGGUUUUUGUGAAAGACAAUGGAAGCCCAUCUCUGAAUAACACAGUGAAUGUUGAAGUGGAAGUAUUGGAUAGAAAUGAUAAUGCUCCAUAUUUUACAUUUCCUAGUGUUGACCCUUUCACUCUUAAUGUCCACUAUCAUCCGCAAAGUAAGAACGACAUCACAGUUCUGAAAGCAUCUGAUAUAGACAGUCACAUGAAUGCUUUUCUCAGGUAUGAAAUCGUUUCAGGUAACGAGAGACAGUUAUUUAAACUGGAUUCAUUCACUGGUGUGUUAUCUUACUCUCGCACAGUUUACCAAAAUGAUGCCGGAUCAUAUGAGCUUGAGUUUGUUGUGAAAGACAGUGGUACUCCAGUUCUGUCAGCAACAACUAGUGUGUCUUUGACACUGACUGUUAGUAACAAGACGUCACCAAUGUUCACAGCUGUGCACCUACCAAGUGAUAACACAAUAGAUGCGACAUUGUUGAUUAUCAUUGUAGUAGCAGCUGUGAUAGUAUCUAUAGCUAUUGUGGUUUCUAUAACCCUGUGUAUUGUGAGAUGUAACAAUGUGAGAAAUAGCUCAUCUGAAAGAACAGCAGAAGAGAAACAGGCAUACCAAUGUCGCAAUGAGAUGAGACAGUUGAUCUAUCAAGGUAACAACAGUGUACCUGUGAUGUCAGGUAAUCGAGGAGAGAUGUCAGACAGAUACGGUCAUUCGAGGAGCCAUUACUAUCCUGAAGACUGGAAGACAUCGACAAUGAGCAGAACACUCCAGAAGUCUACAAAGCAGAAAUACAGUCAACCCAUUGAGGUGACAUCUUAUGGAGACAACAGACCGUCUUCUCACUAUCCCACUGACACAUUGACCAGUCGUAAGAGCAGUGGACAGUGCUGGAGUGAGCGGUCAAGCAGACAGUAUGAAGAAAUACCAGCAAUGUCAGGAAUCUAUGGUGGUGCCCCACCGGAUGUAUCAAGCACCAGUGAGAGAGACCAUUACCAAGACAGAUAUGUGAAACCUCCAGAGAGACAGUUACCUUCAACACCAGAUGUCAUUACUAACUGACCACUGGUCAUUUAACUAAAUAUUGACCCUUUACAAUAAUAUUUCAAAUAACCACCAACUCCCUUCACUCACACAAACUAAUAUAAAUAUAAUAACUUCUCUCAUUACCUCACAAUUACAAUAUUAUAUUCCAACCUAUGAUAGAAUAUAUGGACACUAACAGUGAAGUCAGCAACAUUUCAAACCACACACACACACACACACACUUAAUGUUUUAUAUACGCUCCUCUUUUCUCUAAUAUUCUCAGUUAGGUGAUUUUUAUAUUUCCCAAAUAUCUCUGGAAUUAAAUUAGAAUACGUUUAAAAUAUAUUUCUUUAUUUUUUACAACAGUGUUAUUAAAAUCUAACACUUAGGAAAUUAUAUUUAAAAAUGGUACCAAAAUAAACCUGCCUGAAAAUUAGAAUAUCCCUUCUCUAUUUGUUCCUGCAUCCUCCAUUAUAGGUUGGGUGUAUAUUUAGGUCAGACACAUCUUAACCAGAACUGUUCUAUAUUAACAUCAUUUGUUAGUAAUAUAUUUACCAAUAUCAGUGAUGUUUUGUUAAUAUGAGAUCCGUAUGAAACACUGAAUAUAUAUAUAUAUAUCUAUGCCAGUCUCUCUCUCUCUCUCUCUCUCUCUCUCUACAUCAGACAUGUUGGUGUUAUAUGGACUUCUUAUGGCUGACUGUUAGUGGAGCUGAUAUUGUUUGUUCUCUUUCUUUCUUUCCCUCUUCUCUUUGAGGGAAACACAGCAUCUUGUGUGUGUGAGUCUGGAGCAAGCAUCACCCAUCCCUCCUCUCUCUCUCUCUCUCUUACACGCAUAUGCACACACACACACUCACUAAACAUCACACAUCCACAAAGGAAGACUGAGAGGGAACUGCUGGUUCCCACUGACUCACCACCAACACUAUUCCAUCAACAUGAAGCCAUUGUCACACCAUAGCAGCAGUGACACAGA